AUGUGCACAACGGUGCUCAACGGCGCCUUCAUACUAGGCACGCUCGCCGGCGUAUCAUUAGUCAUCACCGCCCUGGUGACACCAGCGUGGUUGGUCGGACAUGACGAACGAGAGACAAUCGGUCUGUUCCAUCACUGCUACGCCAGGAAGGACAUGAUCAAGGAAUGCAUCUCGAUUUGGAAGGUAAACAGUAUUAUAUAA